AUGAACGAAGGCAACCACUGGAUCGACAGAGAAGAUGGUGACGCAUGGGUCGGCUUCGACGGCACGCCUGCUGAAACUCGGGGCAAAACCUUGGGCAAGCGUGCGGCCAACGAGUGGUCGGAAAACGUCCCCGACCACGAGGGCACGACGGCCCCGCUGCUGCUCCACGUCGUGGCCGCGGUGAGGGGCGAGCUCUGGCGGCAAGGGCCCGUACGGGACAGCCG